AUGAGAAUAUUGAUGCUUGGACUUGAUGCGGCUGGGAAAACGACCAUCCUGUACAAGCUGAAGCUGGGACAGUCUGUCACUACCAUCCCCACGGUGGGCUUCAACGUGGAGACCGUCACCUAUAAGAAUGUGAAGUUCAACGUGUGGGACGUGGGCGGACAAGACAAGAUCAGACCGCUCUGGAGACAUUACUACACGGGCACCCAGGGCCUGAUUUUCGUGGUGGACUGUGCCGACAGGGACAGGAUCGACGAGGCCAGGCAGGAGCUCCACCGGAUCAUCAACGACCGGGAGAUGAGGGACGCCAUCAUCUUGAUUUUCGCCAACAAACAGGACCUCACAGACGCCAUGAAGCCCCACGAGAUCCAGGAGAAGCUGGGCCUGACCCGGAUCAGAGAUAGGAAUUGGUACGUUCAGCCCUCGUGUGCAACAACUGGGGAUGGACUAUACGAGGGCCUCACCUGGCUUACCUCAAAUUACAAGUCUUAA